AAUUUUCUUUUUUCCUUCGGUUUGAUUCAAUUUUGGGAAUUACAUUCUUUUCAGAGCCUCUUUACAUUGAUGAUCUAGAAAUGAUCCUUGAGGAGUCUCUACUUUCUUUGAAUACAAUGGCUGAGGAUGGCAGCAUCGAGGAGGCUUGUUGAUAAAUGAAGGUUGGUUUAAGGCUUGUUGAUAAAUGAAGGGUUGCCUUCUCAACUUUAACAGCAAGUAAUUGUAUUCAAGAAUAGGGAGACCUUGUUUCCAAGGGUUAUCAAGGAAUUGAAUUGAACUACAAUUUCUAGUUUUGUAUGGUAUUGAUUUUUCUGUUCAUCUUGAGCUUUUACGAUGAAUUAAAGUAUAUCCUCGGCAGUUCUGAUUUUUGACAUAUAGGGAUGCUUUUCGGACACCAUUGCUAUAGACCAGAUUCUUAGGAAUAACUAGAAUGCUUUUUGUAGUUGUGAUUUCCUGAAUGAAUUAUUUCAGGGAGGAACAUAUAUAACUUGUAGAACUAUCUUGGUUUCGACCGUUUGAUAAUGAACUCAGGAUUUUAGGCUCAGAGCCAAUCUCAAAGUUAAAUUGAUGCAUAUGGUGAUCGCAUCUCAGUUUUUCUAUUGUACAGUUUCGUUCUAUCUAGUCCCGCUAACUUUGCAAGUUUGCAACUAGUUUUGGAAGGGGUUCAGGUUUUUGUUUUUAAUGUCCGUUCUCAUGAACGAUAAUAGAUUUUCUAAAACCCCUAGUAGGUAGCAGAAAAGUUGAUGAUUAUGCAUGAAGAAUGUUUGGAAGGUAAUUAUCAGUCUAUUGAAAAAAUGAGGGCAGCCAAUCGUCCACCAGUUACUCACGUCAGACAGGUAAUUUUUGAUUUAAACUCUACUUAGAGAAUUUUGUUGACUACCUGUUGAUGACGACAAUCUCCACUGGUUUACCCUUUUAUAUGUUUCAACUUUUGGCUGUGUUUUCACUACUUGCAAUGUGCAAUUUUGAGAUUGUUAAACAGUAAAUGCAUAUCUGGGAGCUUGUGAAUUUUGAUUAUUACAUAGUAUACCGAGGCACUGCAACGCAAAAGAUCAUGACUUUUCUUUGUUUUUGUUCCCAAAAUGUAAUGGAGAAGCUAACAGUCUAUGAAAACUUGCAGUGGGCAAAAGUUUAUAGUUUCAAAAUGAUUUUGUUUGCCUUAAAUUUAUGUUCCUUAUUUUAUAUUCCUUCCUUAUUCUAGUUUAAUGAGGAGGAUGAGGAUGAAGAUGAUGAUGACGAAAAUGACGGCAUGGGUGAGGAUAAUACAACAAACAUGAUGGUAGAUUUGCCAAAGUCCCAGCCAAUUUCAAAUGCAGUUGAUACGUCAACUGAUGAACCAAAAACCAAGCAAAAUGCUGCAGCUGCAGAUGAUGGUUGGGUAGUAGUUUCUUCUAAACGAAAUAAGGGAAGAAAAUUUUAGGUUGCCUCUUUAAUUACCAUAUACAUUUCCCUCUUGUUUUUCUGAAACGACAUGUAUUUCGGUUCAUAUCUAUAUAUUUGUUCCUCCCUUUUGCUAAAUACCCUUUCUAUUCAUCAGUGUUUCCAAGUACUGCUUUGUUAAUUUCGUCUUUCUCUGUUCUUUAUUAGUUCCCCAGUGCCGCUGUUUUGAUUCAAAA